AUGUCAGGAAAACACUUGCUGCUUUUGCUCCUGUUUGCUGUUCUUAUCACCACUGGUUGUCUUGCUCAUCACGAUGACUAUAAACAUGACAAAAAGCCGCCUGAAAAAAAGCACCAUGAGAAAAAGCCCCCUAAAGAUGAUCAUUAUAAACCACCUGUUAAACAUGACAAGAAGCCACCCAUGAAGAAGGAUCCACCAGAAAAGGAAUACCCAACGCCACCUUACAAACCACCUUCCGUGACAAUCUCACAGACAAUCUCCUUAACUGUUACAUACACCAUUAUCAUCAUCAUCAUCAUGUCUGGUGCGCGCUUGCUAGUGUUGUUCCUCAUGGCAGGAGUCCUCGGAACUGCCCAAUGCGUUGCUGAACAUCAUCAACACGGACAUCGCAAAGCCUCUCCACCGCACAACAAGGGUAUCGAAAGCUGUAAAUCAACAUCAGAACACAGAUCACUAGUACCACCUAAGGGUCACACCACUCACAAGGGAACAGACAAGAAAAAAUCACCCGUACCUUCUCAUCAUGACCGGGAAAAGACACCACAACAUGAAGUCCACAAGUCUCCUAGAAAAGGCGCUACUAAGGUAACGAAACCACCUGUUGGGCACGAACCACAAUCGCCCCCUAGUAGAAACGAGCUGCCCGUGAAGAAACUCCCACCACCCGGAAAGAAGCUUUCCCCUAUGCCGCCCCACAAACCACCCACCACCACCAAAUUCUAUUGA